CCCUAAGUCAAAAAAACAAAACUUGCAUAUUAUUACUUACAAAAAAAACGUGUAACAUACACACACACCUGACACCACCAUGGUCACCGCCACAACGCAAGAGAAACCCGGUCAACAAACUUCACCACCGCCGCCGCACGUAGAGUUGAUGAUCGAUUCAACGGUCAUCUCACACGGUGGCGCCACCCAUGAUGGCAUUUGGAUAGUAAUCAAAGCGAUGGUAUUUCCGAUCAUAGCGAGGUUCCAUGCAGGUUACUUUCGUAUAAGUCUUUCGCUCUGCUGUCAAACCCUACUCUGGAAAACUCUAGGAGAGCCACCGGAAAACGCCCAUGCUUACCGAAGAAUGCUGGGAGCAAUGCCUUCCGCUGCAUUCCUCCUUCUGUGGUUCUUAUCGUUGCUCAUUCUUGUAUCUCUCUCGAUCUUAUAUAUUUUACGAUGUGCUUUACUAUCCGACAUGGUUAAAAACGAAUACCUAAACCAUAUCAGUGUGAAUUACCUUUUUGCUCCAUGGAUUUCAUGGCUGCUUUUGCUCCAAACGUCGCCAUUCUUCGCUCCAAAAACUGUUUAUUAUCUUUUUCUUUGGUGGGUGUUUGUUCUUCCGAUAUUCAUUCUUGACGUAAAAAUAUACGGGCAGUGGUUCACGAAAGGGAAGAGGUUUCUGUCGACGGCGGCGAAUCCGGCGAGCCAACUUUCGGUGAUCGGAAACUUUGUGGGAGCACGAGCAGCGGCGCAGAUGGGAUGGAGAGAGAGUGCCAUAAUCAUGUUUACGUUGGGAAUCAUACAUUAUCUCGUGCUUUUUGUUACACUUUAUCAAAGAUUAACGGGGAAUAGCUGCAUGCCGGCGAUGCUCCGGCCGGUUAUGUUCUUGUUCAUCGCUGCUCCGAGCAUGGCGAGCUUAGCUUGGGACUCCAUUUCUGGGAGAUUUGAUUGUUCUUCAAAAAUGCUUUUUUAUCUUUCUCUCUUUCUCUUCCUAUCUCUGGUAUCAAGACCAUCAUUGUUCAAGAAAUCAAUGAGAAAAUUUAAUGUGGUAUGGUGGGCGUAUUCAUACCCACUAACAGUGUUGGCACUGGCAUCAACCGAGUACGCACAAGAAAUGAAGAGUAACGUUGCUCAUUUGCUUAUGCUUGUUCUCUCAGGACUUUCGGUAUCAGUGUCAUGCAUUCUGAUGGUUUAUACUGCUUUGAACACUAAUAUGUUGUUGCCUCGAGAUGAUGACAAUGAUGAUAUAAUAUCCAUGACUCUAACGCAGACUACUAUCAAUAGCACGAAUUCAGAUUUGAUGAUUUUGUGAUCAUUCGAUAAUGUUGACCUUUAACUAUUCAUGAAACAUUAUCAUCCAUCCUAAAC